UGGUGGCCGCCUCGGCCCUCCAGGAUCCUCGGCGGUGCAGCAGUCGGGCGGGAAAUAGAUUUGCCGGUAUACAUCAACGCCAUUAGGAGCGCUGUCAAUUUCAGGGGCGCGAGGCCCUGUGGCGGAGGCAGAAUUUCAAUUUUUAGCCUGUGAGCGUCAGACCUCGGUGACAGAGGACAAAAAGUUGAGGCUGAGAGGCAGAAUGGCAGAGGCUCUGGGCGGACCCGCUGCUCCAGUCCCGCCUCAGGUCGGCUGUGGUCAGGUCACGCCGCCCUUUAGCGAGUUCUUCACGCCCCUGCCGCAGAGUCACUCGCCGCCCGCCCACUACGCCCGCGCCUACGGCCAGCACCAGCACUCGCAGCCGCCGCCGCCGCUGCAGGCCCGGGCCGAGCUCGGAAGCAGCAGUCCUCCCAACAGCGCCAAUGUAGGGAGCUGCCUGACUCAGCUGGGUCAGGUGGUGAGCCAGGUGGCGAGCGGUCCGAACCACCUCGCGGAUUACAGCGCCGUGACCUACUCGUCUUCGGUGGGCGCGACCCUGCCAGGCACAGGAACCCGGAGGAUACUGCGAGGACGAGGAGCUCCCCUCCUGCGCCUACGCCCACCCGCAUCUCCACGGACUCCCGUUCCUCGUUCAUGGUGACGAAGGUGACGAUGCUUAUUACCCCGCCGGCUCACCUUACCGGGUCCAGCGCCACGCAGCUAACAUUAGGGAGAGGAAGAGGAUGCUAAGCAGUAUAAACUCAGCGUUCGAGGAGCUGAGGACACGCGUGCCGACCUUCCCCUACGAGAAACGCCUCAGCAAGAUCGACACCCUCCGUCUGGCCAUCGCUUACAUCGCCCUCCUUCGGGAACUGCUCACCUCCGAGCUCGACCCCCUCACGCACAUCGAGAAGGGCCUGAGGGGGGAGCUGCCCUCGGAUCAGUGCCACAUGUGGAACACGAGCGACCUGACCGCCCGCUUGUCGUGGAUCAACUGGGAGAACCUCGGCGUCAGUCCCACGCGGCGGUCUGUUCUGUCCUCGCUCGCCCUCACCGCCGACGCCAUCAACAACUGAUCGCAGUGACGGGGCCUCCGGGGACACCGCUGUACGUCCGGCGGGGGUCGGCAGUGGGGCUAAAGCCGGUGCUCUCUGGGAUUAUUUCUCUAUUGAGAUGGUGUUCAGGUGUGCUGCAGACGCGCUGGUCCUCUGUGGGGGUAUAUUAUUUCUCUUUGGGAGUGUAUUUUAGGUGUUCUGGAGUCGGUGGGACGCGUUGGCAUUACCGUAACACGGAUGCGAUUUUUAUGCAUUGGCUACGACUCGGCAGAAUGAUAAAGUAUACCUUGUUCAGUUAUUUUACUGUCACUGGCGUAUUUAAUUUAUUUACCAUAUAUAUAUUUUGUGAUAUGAGUUCUGAUAUGGGCUAACAUUAAAGCCCUAUUGUCGACCUCUGCUAAAAGAGAAAAAGGUUUUGUGUUUGAAGUGCAUUUAAAGAUGUCCAGAAGAAGAUGAAAAAUAUAAUUGAGUAUGCAUUAGAUGAUUAUUAGAGAUAUGGAAGUAUAAAAAAUGAAAAUUUGUUUUAGUGAUUUGGAAAGUGACUGAAAAUAAUCUCAGAUUUUCGAGUAUUUCCGCGCGUGAGUGAUGGGUUAAGUUGAUGCAUUACGACUACUCAGAAAAUGGAAGCGAUUAUAAAACACAAAUAAUUG